UUUCUUUACCUUCGUAUUGAUUGUUUAUUUCCAGUGUGUCGAGUAUAAUUAUUUAUUAUAAAAAUGCAGUUGCCACGAUGGCUACAACAAUCAUAGAUAAGUCAAGUUCGAAAAGCGAAAAAUCAGUAAAUGCGGACUUAACGACAUGUAACAUGGCUUCGUAUACUAAUAAAUUAUCGGAUAAGCCGCUACUAGGGGAGUUAGCAAUAGAAGCAUCUGAAAUAGUAAGCAGAUUAGAACAAGUAGCUGAGGGAGUUCCAGUAACGGAAAACGCAUUCACCGUUUUCCUGGGACUUGAAAAAAAACAUACUGAUGAAAUUCUUCACAUUAUCAAUGGACUGAUUAGUACUGAUGAUGAAGGGGUCCCGUAUUCUUUUCCGCCUUUGGGCAGUGUUGCAAAGCUGGUCAUGAUUUCACACACCUUGCAAGCUUAUUGCGGAGGUCUGGACAGAGCAAUUUUACAGAAAAUUAGCACCAGAUUCACCACUGACACAACUCGAUGGAUCAGUCAGAUCUUUGGUUUUUUGGAUUCAACUGCAUUUUACCAUGAGGAUCAGUUGGAAGGUUUAGUGAGAGUUUGUAGGAUGAUGUUGUAUUAUAAAUACCCGAGAUAUUUUGAAGAUGGAGCAUUAGCAUUUACAGAAUCACUUCCCACAAUAUAUAGUAGCGUAAUAAGUCCAUUAGGUAUUGUUCAGCAUCUCUGUAAACAACUGGGAUUGCCAUUGGCUUGUAUACGUCCUGUGCCUGUCAAUACACAUUUUGGUUCUCAAUAUACAAUGGACGUGGCACAAUUGCAAAAGAUGCUUGCCGAAGAUGUCGCCGUUGGCAGAACGCCGAUCGUAGUGAUUGCGGAUGUCGGUACUCCGAUCACUGGCCACGUGGAUAACAUUUCCAGAAUCAAAGAAUUGUGCAAGGUACACGACGUGUGGCUACACUUGCGCGGCCACACUUUAGCCGCCCUUGCCUUGCCUAACCACCAGCCAAAUGGACACAAUGGCUCUGUAGCUGACAGCAUGACCCUCUGCCUCAGCAGCUGGUUGGGCAUUCCAAGUUUGCCGAUGGUUACAUUGACUUGCAGGCAAUGGGAUGCGACACACAGCAGCGCCAAGUACAAGCAGGUAGGAGCGACGAGGGAGAGCACGUUACCCUUUCUGGCGGGACUCCAUAACGAUCACAGCGGUAGGAGAAUUCUCUCGAUGCCCCUGUGGGUUGCGUUUCAGAGUCUCGGCACAGAGGGCGUUCACUCCCGCAUUCGCGAUAACUUCCUUGCCAGUGAGCGGCUUUGGGCCGCCCUUAACGACUUCAGACAUCUUAGAGUUCUGAGUACCAAACCCGGUGGAGAAAGUGGAACUUAUACGGUAUCGGAAUUAAUGUCCAAGCCUGCAAAUAUACCAUUAUUAUUUGAAUCAACUUCUUCGUCGGUUGUCUUCCAAUAUACACCCGACUUGAAGGAAGGAGAGACGCUGACAAAAGUCCCAGCACACUAUGAUAAGCUCAACUCAUGGUUGGGACAGAUUCUUCAAAUUGAAGUGCCUCAGGUGCCAAUUAGUCUAUGCGAAGACGAAACUGUGGGCGUGGUGUUGCGAUAUUGUCCAUUUGAAAAUGCACUCGAUCGGCAACCCACUCCAGAGGAGAUCCAGACGUUCAUCCAAUGUCUUGAACAACAAUUGAUCAUAUUACGUGCCACCCUUCAUCACAAAGAAACUUUCGUCAAGCUGGUUGAAGAGUCGCCUGUCCUCCAACUUGUUGACCUGCCUGAUUGGGCAGGUAUGGGUGGAGUACGAUACGCCCCGGAAGGCUGGGAAGAGCUUUUGACUGUACAAGCGAAGGACGAGCUUAACCAUUUAAACAUGGCGCUGGUGGAUUCGUUGCGUUCAACUGAUGCAGCUUUCUCAUUGGGAGAAGAUGCCGACGGAUUAUUGUGCGUUCGUUUCGGCAUGUUGACACCUCAAUCGGACGUCGAAGAAUUGCUUAACUUGGUUAUUAAGGUUGGGCAGAGUGUUGAAGAGAACUCCAGAGUCUUGGACUCCAUGAGUGAGAUAGUUAGAAAAGGUAUUGAAACAGCUACACUCGAUUUGCAAAAAGAAAACGAAGAAAAACUGUGGCAAGAAGGUAUUUUGCGCCACGUCCCUGUAGUGGGCACUUUUGUAAACUGGUGGUCGCCGAAAACAAAGGAAACCGGUGUAAGAGGUCGCAGUCUGAAUCUUACACAGGGUGUUGUGGAAUCCACAGAGAAUAUAUAUAAGUAUCACAUGCAGAUUCAAAGCGGUACCGUCCCCCAAGGUGCUAAAAAUCCUCCUCCCACUCCACAAGUUCAAACACCAAUAGGAGGCAGUCAUUCCAGAUCCAGUAGCCAUGCUUCAAGUCAGGGCACGGCACCUUGUACUGUUAGUAUAAAAUUAGACAAUGAGAAGAAUAAUGUAGAAAAAGUUGCAAUAAACGCCAAGAAGGAGGCGACAGAUGUUUCCGUCAUUCAAAAGGACUGAGGAUUGAUUGUAUCGAGGCUGUUAAAUUUGUGACUUAAUUGUUUUAACACUAUAUGAAGUAUUUAAAGGCUUUUUAUUGUUAUGAUUGCAUUUUGUUAUGAUUUUAUUUAAUUCCAGAAGAAAAGUUUAAUACAUAAACCGAGUUUUAUUCUUUAUUUGUAGGUUCAUUAAGUUAUUUUUACAGUAUUCUAAUGUAUUAUAUAAUAUAAAUUCGAUAAUGCACAUAUUCUUGUUGUUUUCGGCAACGGUUUACCAAAGAAGCUUAAAAAGCUUGCAUUUGUAAUAAAUUUUAUCUUAUUAA